UUCCUCGAUAAACAACAUUGUGUUUUUUGCAAAAUUCUCUCAACCAUGAAUAACAUCAAAUUCGUUCUCGGUGCACUGCUUCUGUUCGUUGCCAUCAGUGAUUUAUCCGUGCGGGCAGCUCCUCAAUUUGAUCUGAUGGGAGGUUACGAUUUCCUGGGCGUUUGCAUCAACAACUGUGCCCAGUGUAAGAAAAUGUAUGGCGCGUACUUCGAGGGGCAGCUUUGUGCGGACGCGUGCAUAAAAUUCCGGGGAAGAGUGAUACCGGAUUGCGAGGACGUUCGCUCGAUUGCACCCUUCCUGAACAAAAUGGACCUGCAUUAG